CAACCAGCUAGUGUAUGUUCUCUCUUAGUUAUUAGAGAACUUUAAUUCAGUUCUUCACUAACAAAGAGAGAACUAGUCGAAGUAUUUGUUUGUUUCCUCAGAGAUCAAAAGAUGAUUGACGUAGCUGGUGUUUGCUACAGAUUUAUCAGUGAUCUGAAACAAGCUUUCCGAGCCGAAAAGUCCAGCUCAAUCGACCUCGAUACGGAGCCUAUGUCGAAGCCACAAAAUUUGACGAGACUCGAUGAUUUGGCAGCUCGAGCGCUGACCGUAGUGUUUGGCAUGGAUACCAGAGGAAGAAUCAAGAAGGACAAAGCUCGUCAUGUGGUGGAGAAGCUUGGUUUGAUAGGCCAGGACGAAGAUGAGUCGGAGUUCGAGCUUCCCGGUGUGUCCGAGGAUGAAUUGCAAGCAGAAGAGCUUGUGGGUUGCACGGAGGAGGAAAGCUUGAGGGAGACGGAGCUGUUGCGCCAGGCCUUCACUGUUUUUGACGAGGAUGGCGAUGGGUUUAUUGGAGCAUUGGAGGUGAAGAGGGUAUUGGAAUGUUUGGGGUUGGCGAAUGGGUUGGAUCUUUCUGAGUUUGAGAGAAUGGUUGAUGUUGUGGAUUUGAAUUUUGACGGGAAGGUUGAUUUUAGUGAGUUUGAGUUGAUGAUGAUGGGAGAAAAGAAAUGACCAAAAAGAGAAGAAAUCCAAGAAAAGACGAGAAAAGAGAAACCUUGGCACCCGCAUCCAAAUUUCAAGCCUUUGAUUGCUUAUGUAAGCAAGGAUAUCUUGCCACGUGGUAAGAUGGAAACCUAAUGUAUUGCGAAACUUCCUCAAAUGUAUAUCUUUUCACGAUAAGAAAAAAAAAACGAAUUAUGAUUUUUUUUUUUUUAAGUUGAAAGGCAAAGAACUUUCUAUCAAUGAAAAUUAAUACAUCUCGUUUAGCACCAUAUCCUGAGAAAGUCAGGGGUGGCUAGACCAGGUCAUGGAUUUGUUAUGA